AUGAGGUUCGCACAGCUCGCUCCAGUGGCAGCUUUUGCUGCGGGAGUAACUGCCCAAACCGGCAGUGGCACCUUCGAGCCCGAAGACUUCAACGCUACAGCGGCUCUUGAAAAUAUCGGUGUUGACGUCUCAGCACUACCAGAACUCAACAAACGCUCCGUUUCUGCACAAUGCUCACUUGCCUGUAGCGCCUUGACCAUACUUUUCGGCACCGAAAAAGUCCUAUCUGAAGGGGCAGCAUCAUAUGCCAACUUCACGGGAGCAUACUGGUCUGCCCAGCAAGGCUCGCUGCGCCCUGCCUGUGUUUUCAAGCCCACCGAAACCCUAGACGUCUCAACGGUCGUACUAUUAUCGCGAGUGUAUCAAUGUCCAUUUGCUGUCAAAGGUGGCGGACACGCAGCAUGGGCUGGCGCAUCUAGCAUCGAAGAUGGGAUCACCAUUUCUAUGGAAAACUUCAAGCAGGCCGUGGUCGCUUCGGAUAAGCAAACAGUCGAUAUCGGGCCUGGACUUCGCUGGAUAGACGUUUACCACGCUAUCGAGAAGGACGGACUGAGCGUCUCGGGAGGUCGGAUGGCACCUGUAGGUGUACCUGGGUUGAUUCUCGGCGGAGGCAUAUCCCACUUUGCGAGCAAACGUGGCUGGGCCUGCGACAACGUAGCAAGUUUUGAACUUGUCACUGCGUCAGGAAUCCCCAUUGAAGUCAGCUCAACCUCCUACCCGGAUCUCUUCUGGGCGCUAAGAGGCGGAGGCAACAACUUUGGAAUUGUCACAAAUUUCAAGCUCAUGGCUUUUCCUCUGGGUCAGAUGUGGGGAGGUCAACGAGUCUAUCUCGAGGACGCAUUCCCAGCUGCAAUGGAUGCAAUCUACAAGUUCACCGUCUCCGGAUCAGUCAAAGAUGAAGACGCCGCACAAAUCUUCACCUUCGCCACCGCCCCUGGCAUCGGAAAAGUAGGUUUCGCAAACCUGCACUACGCCAAACCAAUCGCCAACGCCACAGUCUUCAGCGACUGGACCACCAUCCCCUCCAUAGACGACACCACCGGCCUGCGCCCCAUGUCCGGCAUGGCCGACCUCCUCAACCAAGGCGCCCCCGCCCCGGGCGCCUACGAAACCUGGUGGGGCAUCAGCCUUAAAAUGGACCGCCAGCUCCUCGAUUUCACCAUCUCCACCUUCUACGCCCAGGACGCCACCGUCGCCGACGUGGAGAAAAUCCUCCUCAUAAUGGCCAUCCAGCCCAUCACCGUCAGCGCCGCAAAAACCAUGCAGAAGAAUGGGGGAAACGCACUUGGUAUAGAUCCAGCAGGUGGCCCGUAUUUUAUCCUUAAUUUCAACGCUGCGUGGAAUAACAAGGAUGACGAAUCGAAGUUUCAGGCGGUGAUUGCGGAGAUUAUUCGGCUUGUGAAGGUGGAGGCAGGGAGGAGGGGGCUAGAUAAUGAGUUUGUGUAUUUGAAUUAUGCGUCUGAGUUUCAGGAUCCGGUGGGGAGUUAUGGGGGGAGGAAUAGGGAGAGGUUGAUGCAGGUGGCGAGGAAGUAUGAUCCCAGAUUGGUGUUUCAGUAUCUUCAGCCGGGUGGGUUUAAGUUGGUGAAGGGGGCUCCUGAUCAGAACUCACCGGGUGCGUCGUCGUAG